CAGACGGCAGAUGCACGAAGGUCAAAAGUAUUUUAAAAAUAAGGCCGUAGGCAUUGGCAGAUUCGCAUGGUAGUGAACGUUAAGGGACUGUGGCGUUGUAAUGGCAAAAAGUUUGCAAAAGGGUUAGCCAAGAGCAGCAUCACGGUGGCUGGGUUACGUUGCGAAUUCCUCAGGACAGAUAGUUUGGUUGUAGGGUCGGGAUUGGAGAUAGACAAGAUGGACCAGCAGUAUUGCCUCCGGUGGAAUAAUCAUCCGGCCAACCUCACCGACGUCCUCAGCUCAUUGCUAGCGCGUGAAGCACUAUGUGACGUUACCCUGGCCUGUGUCGGUGAAACUUUCAAGGCACAUCAAACAAUACUAUCAGCGUGCAGUCCGUACUUCGAAAAUAUUUUCCUCCAAAAUACACAUCCUCAUCCCAUAAUAUUCCUCAAGGAUGUCAACGACACGGAGAUGAAAGCUUUAUUACAUUUUAUGUACAAAGGCGAGGUUAACGUGAGUCAGCAUCUGCUGCCUAUGUUCCUUAAAACCGCAGAAGCGUUACAGAUCAGAGGUCUCACGGAUAAUAGUGUAAAUAACAAAUCUGAAGAAAAAAGUCCUUCGCCAGAGCCAGAAAUUCAAUCUAGUGUCAGGCACACCGAUUCCCCAAGUCUUCAGGCUCAUCCUGAAAAAAGGAAACGAAAGGUCUCGGGUAGCUACGAUGUUUCUCUAACUGGACCACCCAGUGAACGGUUCUUGUCAGAUUCUCAGGCAUCUUCUCAAUGUAGUUACAAAUCAAGUCCUACGGUGAUUCCAAAGUUAAAUAACGCUAUGGGAGGUGAUGCAGAGGAUGGUAGUCGACCUAUAUCUCCUGCAUCUCAACCUCAAGCCCCAAUUAAACAGGAACUGGAUCAUCAUAUGCCUGACUUCCAUGAAAACAUUUCCCUCCCAGGUCAUCCAAUUGGAUUAUUAAAUGAAGAUGGAGGACCAACGACAGGAACGCCAAAUGACUCAUUGCCGGGGAUGGAAUCGUCUGAACAUCACAAUCCACCAGAAAUGCUCGAUGGUCUUGAUGCCUCGAGCGAGAGUGCGAUGCCAAAGAAAAUUGGGCCGGUAUAAUCAAGUUUAUAAUUAAUGAACACCAAAUCAAUAAGAUCUACGCUUAAAAAAAAAAGAGAGAUAUAGUGAGCGAAAGGAUAGUGUCAAGGAUAUUUAUGGACAGCUUUAUUUUUUUUCCAAUGGCUGUCGAGAGGAUGUAUAAAAAAAAAUUAAAAUUGCGGGAUUUUACACACAAAAAAAAAAAUGGGAGCAAAAACGUGGUGCCAAUUCCUCCCGUAGUUGCUGCAUAAACAGGAAAUAUUAAUUAUUAAGUAACAUUAACAUAUGGAAGUAAUUCAUCGAUGCGCAGGGUGAGUUUAGUUGUUGAAAGUUUAUAGUUUUAAUUCAUAUUAGAACCUCUUUUUUUAUUUUUGUUCGCCCAAUUUUUAUAAGAGAUGAAACAUUGAAAGUAAAUUCUCAUUUUUAUUCUUCAAUAUUCAAUGUUACAUUUCUAGAAAUGCACGAAAAAAAAAUUGACCAAUUUUUAUUGUCUUUCAAAGGCAAUAUUUUUUUUUAAUUUACAAAAAAAUACUUUUUCAAAAAAAGUAAUUAUAAAAAUAUUUUUAUUCAGAAAUUUCAUUAAAUUGGAAUUGAUUAUUUGUGGCAAAAAUUAUAAGCGAUUAAGAUAUUGAAUUGUUUUUUUUUACAACGGAUUUUUAAAAUCUUACUAUUCUAAAUUACACUGAAAAAAGAUUUAUUUGAUUUAAAUAAUUAACUAUUAUCAAAUAAAUAAGUAGUUGUAUCAAAUAAUUAUUGAGUCAAAUUAAAUAUAUUUGCUUCAAAUAAUGUGACUAAAAUUCGGAACGUUCAAAUGAAGAAAAAAAUUUGUUUCCACUUUUUUUGACUUCAAAUUUUAUUAUAUAAUAUUACUUUCUGUAUAGAAAAAUAAAUUAAUAAAUAUUUAAUCUAUUUUUUUAUUUUUCAUUGCUGCGGUAAUUAAAAAAAAAAAAAAAUAGAUUGAAAAAAAAUUUAUUCGAUUCAAAUACUCGAUUACUUGACUAUUAGCAAAUAAAAUAAUAUUUAUUUGAAUCAAAUAAUUUUUAUUUGAAUUAAAUAAAUUGUAGUUGAACCAAUAAUUUCUGUAUUUAGAACAAAUACCAUUUAAUUGACUCAAAUAAAUAAUUAUUUUAUACAACUAAAUAUUUAUUUGAUACAAAAAAAUAAUUAUUUAUAGCAAAUAAUUAUUUAUUUGAUACAAAAAAAUAAUUAUUUGUAGCAAAUAAUUAUUUAUUUGAUAAUAGUCAAGUUAUCGAGUAUUUGAAUCAAAUAAAUUUUUUUUCAGUGUAUAAACAAAAAAAAAAUGAUUUCGAUCAUUUGAACGUUCAGAAUUUCAAGCACAUCUUCAAAUAUAAAAAUUAUUGGUUUAAAUACAGUUGAUUUAAUUCAAAUAGACAUUAUUUUGGUUCAAGUAAAUAUUUAUUUAAUAAUAGUCAAUCGAUUAUUUGAAUCAAAUAAAUUUUUACAAAAUAAUUUUUAUUUGAACCAAUUAUUUCUGUAGGAAAUUUCUUUCUCUUCUCUUAAAAAGUUAGAAUUUAAUUUUCUUAAAUAAUAAUUGAUACCUACAAAUAAAUAUUUAUUAAAUAAAUAUUUAUCAAAUAAAUAUUUAUUUGAUAAUAGUCAAGUAUCCAAUUAAUUGAAAAAAAAAUAAUUGUUUUUUCAAUAAUGCAUUAUUCAAAAUUGAUUUUUUAAAAUCGAUUUCGUUUUUAAGAUGUCGAGUUACAAUUUUUUUUUACAAAACAAUUUUCAUCAAUUUUUUAACUCGUUUUUUAAAUUAAUUUUGUCAUUUUUUUUUUCGUGUAUAUCGAAAGGUACGAUCGAUUGACAACGAACUCUUAUAUACAAUAUGCGUUAUUUUAUAAAUUUUUUAUAAAAUAUACAUCGUCUCAACAAAUUAUUAUUCUAAUAUGAAAUUUAACUAUGAAACGCGUGUUAUUUGUUACAUAAACACUUAAAGUCUAUAUAUAUAAUUACAAAACUGCACACCGCAAAUGUAAUAAAAAAAAAUUAAAUAGUGGAAAUUAUAAGAGACAUUCCACGAUUGGGACUUAAAUAUCCAAAAUAUAAAAACGUACUUUACUAAAAGUACAGUACUCAUAAGAAUGAUUAUGAUUAUGAUGAUGAUGAUGAUGAUGAUAAUGAUGAUGGUGAUGAUGAUGAUGAUGAUAAAGAUGAUGAUGAUGAUGAUGAAGAUGAGGAUGAUGAUAAUGAUUUAUAGUACUAUAUUUUAUACUUUAUAUAUUCUACAGUUAUAUUCUACAUUGGUUGGAGAUAGUUAUGUUUAAAGAAAAAAACAAUUUUAAAAAGGGAUGGUUUACGAUAUUUUUUUCUCACAACGUCGUUGCACAUAUGGAUAAUAUACUUCAUUGGUUUGGGGUUACAAUCCAUUUGUUUAAAUAUUGUUUAUUGUGUGUUUUUUUUCUCUCUCUAAGUGGAAAUUAUAUACAAUUUUUUUUUUUCAUAGAUAUAUAUAUUUAAUUCAAGAACACAAGUUUGCUAGCUAUUCAAAGAGCCAAAUCACGCUGAAUUGUGAUCACAUGAUAUUACCGCCUUUUUACGUUUUUUUUUUCAUUUCUUUUUACUUCGAAGGAAGGGGCCCUUUGCAUAGUUAUGACUAUCCAAAACAAUCUAAUAAUUUAAUAAUAUAUAAUCAGAAAUAUUAAUAUAUACUGAUGAUUCAGAUUCUUAUUAUUAUUAUUAUUAUUAUUAUUAUUAUUAUAAAUAUUAUUAUAAUUAUUAUUAUUUUUAUUAUUAUUAUUAUUAUUAUUAUUUUUAUUAUAUUCUUAUUAAUAUCGAGGUACAUAUUAUAUAUAAUAUAUUUGGAUAAUUUAUUUUGUUUUACCGUUUUUUCUGAUUUUAUAUAUGUGUUGUUACUUGUUUCACCAAGAGGAAAAAAGCACUAUGCGCGCAUAUAUUAUAUUUAUUAACUAAAUGGAGAAUGCAAGUAUAUCAUAGCCCGAGUAGAUUCUUUUUGCCAAUUUUGUCUCUCUUAUUUUCUUUUUUCUGUAUUUUUUUUUUUUUUUUUUUUUUUUUAUUAUUAUUAUUUAAGAAAACAAUGACCUUGGAAAAUCUAUAUUCAAUACCCUAGAAACUUACCAAAUAUGAUAGUUCCCAUAUAUUCUUUUUAAUAUCUGAUUUUGCUUUGGACAUGUGUUCCAAUUGCGUUUCUACCGCUGAUUUUAAUGAAGUGGUUGAGUUCAUGUUCGCGCAGAAUCGCACACACAUUGGUUCAACGUGAGUUGAUUUUAACCACUGCCAAUUUCCGGAAUUGUCCAGUCAAACGUCAAGCCACGCUGUUUACCACAUCCCAGUAAACCUCUAUGACAACCGUGCGGCUUUCGUUGAUCCUUUGGAUAACUCUAAUGAAUUUCUCUAUGUUGAGAAAUUGUAUAUGCUUUUAGUAGUAAAUCGAAAAAAAAAAAAAUUAUUCAAAAUUGAUUUUUAUAUUUUUUUUAAAAAAAAGUAAGGUAAACAGGUGGCUUGCUAUUAAAAUUUAAAAAAAAAAUUUUUUAUUAAGCGGUAAAAACGCAUGCAAGUCAGGAAUUCUGUUCAAGCGCAAUUAGAAUUAUUUUUUAAUUUUCACGUUUCUCAUUUUCAUUUUAAGAGUCUAGUGAAAAUAUUUUUUAUUUUUUAUUUUUGAUUCUCUGAAUCAGUCUUUUAAAUUGUGCACUUUUUAUCAGUCUCUAUUUUGCUAGAUCCAACAAAUGUAUAAUUACGAGGAGAAAAAUGAAUUUAAAAAAAAAAGAAAUUAAUUUCAGUAGGGAAAUUUUAUUCAAAUGAUUUUAACAUAUUUUUUCAGUAAGAAUUUUUGAAAUAUUGAAAAAAAAAAUUCAAAUACUCUAUUACUUGACUAUUAUCAAAAAAAUAUUUAUACCAAAUAAUUUUUGAAACCAAAUAAUUGAACUGUAUUUAAACCAAUAAUUUCUGUAUUUGAAAUAAAUACAAUUUAAUCAAAUAAAUAUUUAUUUAAUAAUAGUCAAUCGAAUAUUUGAAUCAAAUAAAUUUUUUUCAUUAACAUUUAAAUUUUGUAAUUAUUUUUAUCAGAUUGUAAUUUUCUUUUAAAUGAGAUUUUUCUCUAAAAUUAUUGAACAAAAAUUCUGUUUUAUUCAUUUUAAAAUUGGCCGUAAUUAAGUUUUAAAAUAUUUUUCUAUUGUUAAAUGUUUUUUUAAAAAUAAAAUUGUACAAAAAGGUUGUUCGGAUUAAAUGCGUUAUUUUUUAUUAAAAAACGUGAUUUGUAAUUAUUUCGGUUUUUAUAAUAUUUAUAGUUUAGUAAUUCAUUUUUCUCCCAUAUAAGAGCCAUCAUAAAUACAUCAAAAUGUUAUAUUUUUUGAAUGUUACUUUUCGAUAUAUUUAUAUAAUUAUAAAUUGUAAUAACUUUUAUUGAUGAUGUAUUUAUGAUAGUAUCGAUAAUAAAAGAAAAUUUCUUUAAAUGUUAACCCUUUCCUUGCGAAGAUUGAUUUACUUUAUUAUGCUUAAAGAUUUUUGAAAAGAAAAAUCUUGCUUAAUGCUGUGAAGUAGGUUGUGCUGCAAAUAAUUUCCACUAGUGGUUUCGAAAAAUAUCUCUCAUCUUUUUUUUUAGGUUUUUUUUUUUUUUUUUUUUUUGAUAAAGAGAGAAAAGAUCUCGUUAAAUGGAGUGAUAAAAUUCAGAAAAAAAAUUUACAUUCUUUUGUAAAUGUUUUAUAAAGCUAAACAUUAUACAAAAAUAUUUUUUUGUAAUUUAAAAAAUUUUAUUUUAAAUUAUAAAAUUGUCAAAUUUAUUAAAAAAAAAAUUUGUUCACUUUCACACACGCCUAAACUUGCCAAAUAUUUAAAUAUUAGUUGACUGCGGAAAAAAAUUAUGGUUAGAGAUUAUUUCAAUUAAAAUAGUAAUUUCAAUUUUUUGGUAAUUAUUAAAUUUUUUUUUAGUUACUGAUGUUUUUUUAAAUGUUUUACAAAAUUUCUUUUAUGUAAAUAUAAGAAAAAAAUUUUCUACAACUUGAAUAUUAUAAAAAAGAAUCAGUAAAUUUCAAUAUUUUAAUCGUUCAUCAGUUUGAAAAAGAGAAUAAAUUUUUUUUUUUAUAUUUUUAUCGCUCCUGACAAUUGAGAUGAUAUUGUGUACCAAUUGAACACAGUUUGUGAUAAUUAUAGGAACGUUUUUAACAAUUUUGAAAUUUUAACUUAAUAAUAAUAAUAAUGUAUGGAUUUUCACUUAAUAUUUAUAAAUCGCAAAAGAAAGAAUUGGCAAGCUCUUUUAUAAGGCAAAUAUACUUGUCAUAAGAGUAUAUUUGAAUGAGCGAGUAAAUGAGUGGAAAAUGUAUAGGUAAAGUUGAGAAUUUUGAGGGGAUGCGAAGAAGCGAGAGAAAUUUUUUUUUUUAUAUAAGAAAGAAAAGGCAGAGAAAGAGGGAGGGAGGAAAGUAUAAGGAGGAAGAGAGAAAGAGAGAAAUACUCGGCACACAGAUUUCACAAAAGUGUAAUAACGGCAUUGCUCCACACACUGGUGGUGCUGGUCGUCAGGCUGUUAAUAAUAUUGAAUUAUUUUUUUUUCUUAAUUAAAAUGAUUAAUACUACAUCAAUUAUUACAUAUUGCAAAUAAUAUUAUUACAACUAUUAUUAUUACUAUUAUUAUUAAUUAACUAUUGACUACUAUUACUGUACUACUACUACUAUUACUACUACCUGCGUAUAAGUAUUUAUAUAUUUACAAUUGCGUGGUGUGGAGUGGAACAUUGUGAUAUAAUAGAUUGGUGCUAACACCUUAUUGAAAUUGAGAAGAAUUUAAAAAUAAAAAAAAAAAAAAAAAAUUGUGCAAUAUCGCGAUAGUAAUGGAAUGAGACGUUAUCUUUCAGUGGAAUGAGUUGCGUUUGCCUAUAUAUACGAAUGAUAUUAAAAUAAAAAAAGAGCGCGAGAGAAAUGUCUACUACUGAUUGUCUUUUUUAUAAUAUAAAUAUAUAAAUAUAGUAAUUUUGUCAAUUGCCAAACUCUAGAAUUGAAAUAUGUAUAUAAUAUUUGUUUUUCAUUUAAAAAAUUACAAAUCAUUUUUUAAAAUUUCUGUGAAUUUGUUAGUUAAAAUAAGUAAAUGUAUGUUUACUGUUAAUGUGCCUUUUUUUGAUUAAAAAUAAAUUUUUAUAUGGCACUAUCAUUAUUAGAAAAAAUAGUUUUUAUAUUUACAUUUUCUAUGUUAAGAUACAUUUUUUUUUUCGUUUUACAAUUAUUUUUUUUUGGGAAUUUAAUAAAUCGUUUUUUAUCGUUAAUUAAUAAUAAUUAUAAAAUAAAUAUUAUAUAUAGUAAAUAUGUAAUCUCAAGCUCAAUAAUCAGAUUUUUUUUCACUGUAAAAAUAUUUAAUAAUGUUAUUCUAAAUAUAAUGUGACGCUCCACGAGAGAUGGGGAAAUUUUUUUUUUUUUUUUAUAGUAACCUUAAUAAAAAAAAUUUUCUUUUUAGAUUAAAAUAAAAAUUAGUUUUUUUAACUCCAAAAAUCACAUACAUUAAAAAUUUUUUUCUAAAUUUCUCGUGGAGCGUUGUGUUUUUCAAUUUUUAUCAAACUUUCGAAUGUUUUUUCUUUUUAUUUCUGAAAAAAAAAUUGUUUUUUCACAACAAAACUUUUUUUUCAAAUAAAUUUUAACCAACAAUUCGCUUUUUUUUCGACCGAAUGUAAAAUAACAUUUUAAGCGACUGAAAAAAAAAUAGAAAGAAACGCGAUCGAGUGAAGUUAAAAGAAGAAACUAUGGCUGUGCAAGAGAACAUUAUGAGAGUAGUUAGAUAGAUGUAGGUGUUACCUAGGGAAUAGGCUUAGCUGAUAGAAUAAGAGCAUGUUUUUUCAGACGUUUCUUUCUUAUACACUUAAAAAAAAUAUUCCACUGAUUGAUAACGUUACACUCUUUGUACAUUAUUAAACUAAAUAAAUUUAAAAAAAAAAAUGUAAUAUUAAUAUCUCUUUAUAUAAUGAUAUAUAUAUAUAGCAAAUACGGUUUUCAUUAUGGAUAUAUAUGUAUAUACCUUCUGUAUAUGUAUAUAUCUAUCUUCAUAUAUAUAUAUAUAUACAUAUAAAAAAAAAUUUUGUUAUUUUUGGGUGGGGGGGGGGGGGGAGGGAAGUGUGACGAACAGGAAAAAAGGAAGUUGUAUAUUUGUCAAUAAUUGACAUUAUACAAGGAAAUGUAAUGGUGUGAUUCUUUAUGUAUUUAAAAAAAAAAUUUCAUCAGCGGACGUAUCAGACUGAAGUUGUGUGAUUUAUAUAAAUAUGGUAUAUCAAUUAUUGCCUAUAUCUCAAUUUGGUACAUAUUUAAAAAUUGUAUCAUGUACAUAUACGAUAAGUAUAUGUGUAAAUAUUAAAAAAAAGUCACUAUUACAUUUUUCGAAAAAAAAAUCAUUUUUUUUUUUUUUUUUUUUGAAAAUCACGCACACUAUUUUCCUUUAUAUAAAGAACAUCUUCCUAAUUUGUUCUCUCUUCCCGUUUAUAUUUAAGUUUUUUUAUUACAUAUAUAUAUAUAUAUAUAUAUAUAUAUAUAUAUAUGGUUUUAUGUAAAAAGGUUAUGACCUAAAAAAAUGUUUUAUUUUAAAGUUUUUUUAAUACUUCUUUCCUCACUUCCAAUUUUGGUCUCCUUUCUUUCUUUAAAUACAGAUACUUAUGCGUUUCUUAUACGCUGCUCUUAAUUUAUUGUGUUCCCUAAUUGUUAUUUUUUUUCCUUUUACUAUAUAUAUUAUUAUUGUUUUUUUUUCUACAGUCACAGAGAAUAAACUGCGGCACUAUGUAUGGUAAUAAUCGAACUGUUAGAGUCUUAUUCAUAUAUACAAUAUGAAUAUAACAAAAUACGUUUGUACCAAAACAUUGUAAAAAUAAAAAAAAAAAAAAAAAAAAAAAAAAAAAAGCUGGUGAACUUUAUAGGGAAUUUAUUGUAUAAGCGAUAUGAGAUAUAUAUAUAUAUAGAAAAAAAAGGAAAAGAAAAAGAGAAAAUGAAAGAUCUCUUGAUCUAUAGUAAAUGAAUGAAGAUUUAAAUUGUUAUAUUAAUCGGAUAUAGUAAGCUCGUGAUCACUAAAAAAAAAAAGAAAACAAAUUUUUUAUGAUCAACGAGGAUAAAAAUAUUACAGCCAAUUAAAAAUUGUUUUUCAUACUUCGAAACAAAAAA